GAAUUAUUCUCUUCCAGAGGAGAGACUACAAGGACCAUUUUGGUGCGCGGUAGAAAGAGAGAGCGUCCCCGAGCAUGUUCCGUUUCUGUACAUCCCCGACCCCUCCUUCGAUUAAAACCUAUGACUCCCAACACCAACACAGACAAGUUGAUAGAGAAAACAGCGACAAAUGUGAUGUGCAGUAGAGGAUAAGCUGAUUACACUCUUAAUCUCGUAGUCUUGAAAUAAUCAUUAAAUUCAAAGUGUGGCAGCAUAUCAAGCGCAAGACAGCCCCUAUACAAAGGAAUGCAUAUGACAUCCCGUUUCCGGAUAGAGUGCUGCUAAUUGACAUGAGAAGAAGAGGAGGCAGGAUGAAAAGAAAAAAGUGUCAAACGAAGACUUAAUUGAAUCAAGAUGUAGAAUGGAAUUAGUAUCAUAAUAAUAAAGCCCCCUUCUCGAGAUCAUCUUUACCUCGUACUGCCCAUGCGAUCCCAUUUCCAGUCCAAGCAAGCAACGCCUGAACAGAUCCCUCAGUCAUCGAUUACCCAAACCACUUUCCCACCGCGCAGCAAAUGCUCUUCUUCUUCUUCCUCGCCGCAUACCUCCUCUGGACGCUCGUUCUCGCAUUCUUCAUCCUCUGCAACUUCGGCCUUCUCCUCAAGACCGUCCGGUGGACGCUCACGCUCUACCUUCUAGGUAGCGCGAUCCUCGCAGCCGAGGUCCUCCGCGAAGGCCUCUUCGUCAACGGCGAAAACAAACUACACUGGGACAUCCGGGUCGCGUGGACUGCGUGGAUCGUGUUCGUCGUCGGCUCCGUGAUCGACUGGCGUUUCCUUCUGCCUGCCUCGGCCCUUCCACUGUGGUUCCUGAGUUAUCCCGAGGCGCGCACGUUGCUGAAUUACGGCCUUGUCAGGCUUGGGUGGAUUGAGAUUGUCCACAGCCCGCUUACGUGGGCCGUUGGCCAGGCGAGGAUAAUGGGGCUUGGGGACCGGACGCACGUUGUUGCGGUGAAAGGGCUCGGGAAAAGUGUCUCGUCUGUCCUGAUGCCUGCGCUUCGCGCUGUGAGCUCGACGAUUGAAUGGGCGUUGUGGACGACGGAACAAGAGCUGGCGAAACUACGGCCAACGCAUGCGUGGAGCUGGAUUCCGGGCGCAAGGCGUUAGUAGGUGCAGGCAUAGAACUAGAUUAUGUAUUAGAUAUGAUGACACUUUAUGAAGAAUAUCGUCCGCGCAGUGACACUUGGUCCUUCUAGUCCAGGC